UAUUUCUUUUUCAAAAUGCUUUUCCAAGCUAUAAGUUACACUCCUAGUUUCUUACGGCCACUUCCUCAGUCCUUUUGGCAUCUUCUCCUUAUUAUAUUUUUUAGUUUUAUGGUAAUCAAAACCAUAAGAUACCACUUAGUUGAGAACCCUAAAAAAGCCAAACUUCCACCCGGUCCCAAACCAUGGCCUAUCGUUGGUAAUAUUCCUGAAAUGCUUGCAAAUAAACCUGCUACUAGGUGGAUACACAAGAUAAUGGAAGAAUUGAACACUGAAGUAGCGUGUAUCCGCCUAGGAAAUGUCCAUGUUAUUCCUGUUACCUGUCCCACCAUUGCCCUUGAAUUCUUGAGAAAGAAUGAUGCUACUUUUGCAUCAAGACCAAUAUCCAUGUCCACUGAUAUCAUCAGCAAAGGUUUCUUGACAACCGCCGUUACACCUUUUGGAGAACAAUGGAAGAAAAUGAAGAAAAUAUUUGUCAAUGAAUUGUUCUCCCCUCACAGGCAUCAAUGGCUCACUAACAAAAGGAAUGAAGAAGCUGAUAACAUAAUGUUUUAUGUCUACAACAAAUGCAAAAAUGCGAAUGAUAAUGGUCUUGUGAAUGUUAGGAUUGUUACAAGGCAUUAUUGUUGUAAUUUGAUGAGGAAAUUGGUUUUUAAUACAAGGUACUUUGGAGAAGGAAGUAAUGAUGGAGGUCCUGGUUUGGAGGAAGUUGAACAUGUAGAUGCUAUUUUCACAUUGCUUAGAUAUGUUUUUGCAUUUUGUGUUUCUGAUUAUAUGCCAUUCUUGAGAGGACUUGACUUUGAUGAUCAUGAGAGAAGGGUGAAAGAUGCUAUGAGUAUUGUGGACAAGUAUAACGAUCCUAUCAUUGAAAGGAGAAUUCAAAAAUGGAAAGAUGCAUCAAAGACUAGUGCUGAUUCAGAGGACUUACUUGAUAUUCUAAUCUCCCUUAAAGAUGCCAACAACAAACCAUUAUUGACAUCAGAGGAAAUCAAGGCUCAAGCUCUAGAACUUGUGUUAGGAGGAGUGGACAAUCCAUCACAUGCAGCUGAAUUUGCAAUAGCAGAAAUGAUAAAUCAGCCAGAUUUACUUCAACGAGCCACUGAAGAAUUGGAUAAUGUUGUAGGAAAACAACGACUAGUCCAAGAAUCGGAUAUUCCAAACCUCAACUAUGUGAAAGCUUGUGCAAAAGAAGCUUUUCGCCUUCAUCCAAUUACAAUUUUUAAUCCUCCCCAUGUUGCUAUGGACAAUAUAACGGUUUCUAAAUACAUGAUUCCAAAAGGAAGCCAUGUACUUCUAAGUAAACAAGGACUCGGACGAAAUCCAAAAGUUUGGAAUGAACCUCACAAGUUUCAACCUGAACGCCAUUUAAAAAAUGAUGGGUCUAUGGUAGUUUUGUCGGAACCAGAUUUGAAGUUCAUAUCAUUUAGUACGGGAAGGCGUGGUUGCCCCGGAAUUGUGCUUGGAACCUCAAUGACUAUGAUGUUAUUGGGCAGGUUGCUCCAUGGCUUUGAUUGGAGUGGUCCUCCUAAUGAAUCAACCAUUGAACUUCUCAAGUAUUCCAAUGGUGAUAGAUACCUUGGAGGGCCAAUUGUGGCAAUAGCAAAGCCAAGAUUGGCCGCAGAGUUGUAUCAUCAAUAAAAUAUUUGAAAAUUUAAUAAGGCAGGAAGAUAAUCUUAUCUAUGAAUAGUAAUGAUGUUUAGUUAA